AUGGGCUCGCUUAAAGACAACUUGGACCUGCUAGGUCUUAUUUAUAAGAGGUUUCUCCAAUCGCGCAACGUCCAUCCUAUUGCAAUUGGCCGUUCCGACAGUCACAUAUCGGUUAUUGCGUCCGAGGGCAAAUCGAUCCUAACUUAUAGCAACGACAUCUACACCAUUGAAAAUCACAGAAAGGACACAGACGGGACUGAAAUAAAGUACACUGCUUCGUUGAAAUGGCCGCAAGACGCCAACGUUAAGUACCCUGCGGAAAUCAACGAUAUCGAUUCCCAUCUAGUGGAUCGUCUAUUUGCGAUUGUGAGAGAUAAAUUCGGGCGAUUUUUUCCAAUGGAGUCUAAACCCGCUACCCAAUCCGACGCUCAUAACGAAAGGCAUAUCUCGCAGUUGCGGGAGUCUGUGGUAGGCGUACCGGAGGACACCUCCAGCCAAGCGACGCAAGAAUACACUCCUACUCCUUCGUACACAUCGCCUGCUCCAAAACCACUGCCUGCCUCUCUCGCACCACCUUCAUUUGAGGACGAACACCAAAUUCAGUCCAGCCGGACUGAUCCACUCCCGUCAGGCGAUGCACAAGCAGGUGUCAAUGAUCUGUAUCCAGGCGGAAUGAAAGAUCCCCCUUUCAAACCGUAUUUGGAUCCUCUUGCUGUCAAUCCUACUAGGGGCGGGGGCAUGCAUCCAACUUCCUCUGAUUCGCUGUUUAAUCGGAAUUUGGAGGGCUCAAGGUCAGGAAUUCGGUACGACGAUCCGCUGCUGGGGCCUGACGAAGACCCUGAGCUUUUGGGAGCUGGUCUUCCAGGACAGAUGGGGCUGCCCGGACAAGGAGGUUUUAGACGUCCCCCAGGUGCCCCCGGCCCGCCAGGCUCAUUUGGUUCUUCUGGAGGCUUUGGAGGACUUGGUCGAUUUAUAUAG